GCAGGGCCUGGCCGUGCGCCGGGGCCGCGGCAGGGCCGAGGCAGAGACAGCGGGCGCACAUUAAGAAAAAAAAAACCAAAAAAAUGGAAGAGAGUAAGAAAAAGAAGAAACCAGAAGAGCAAGUUCAAGAGCCUGAAUCUGAUUUACCCGAAUCCUUACUAGAUUAUCACAUUGCGGCAAAACAAACAGCAAUUGCAUGGGUUUUGUUUCAUCUGAAAGGAUUGGAAGAAAAGCUCAAAGAAGAUAUUAAAAAGAAUGUUGCUCUGAAGGAAGAGCAGAAGUUGCUUAUCAGCCGCUUAGUAAGGCAAAUAGAAGAAAAGGAGAACAAACGAGAUGAGAAGGGGAUUGUAACCAGGGAUGAUGUGGAAGAGUCACUGAAAGCAGUUUUCCAAUUUGUGAAGGACAAAGAACAACUUCUUGAAGAUCUGCGCGCCCAAAUUGAAGAAACGAAGAAAAAAAUUGUAGAAAAGCAGCGUGAGAGAGAUUAUUGGUUGGAGUACAAAAAUGUCGGAAGCAAAAUACAUGCUGAGAGGAUUAGCCGUCUGGAAAAAGACAUUGCAGAUGUCAAAUAUGAACUUGAAAAAACUGAAGAAUAUUAUAGCAAAGCUCUGGAAGUUGUGAGAGAGGAAAAUCAGAAAAUGUUUGACAGGCACAUGAAAUUACUCAGUGAAGAAGCUCUUAAGAACGCUGUGGGGUACUUAGACAAGAACUGUCGCAGAGAGAUUGAAGAGAACGAGUGGCUAAAAGAAGAGGUUCAGAUCUACCGAAAGGAAGAAAAGGAUUUGAAAGCUUCUGUCCAGCUCCUGGAAGAAGAAAAUACCAGUUUGGUGGCAAAACUGAUUGAUAUCAAACUUCAGCAUCUAAGAGUAUCAGGGCAGUUGUUUCAUACAAAGGAAACUGGCUUGCAAGAACUUCCUAAGGAUGAAAUGAAAAGGGAAACCAGAAAAUAUGCAGCAAAGACAGAUGGAAAGAGCCUCAGAAGUGCCCUUCCAAAGAUUCGUUCUAAAAGAGAUUAUAAGAAGCCUCCAGACAGUGAUGAAAAAUUGAGGAAAAAAUUCUUCACUCCAUCCCUGGACAGCUUGUUGGAUGAAGAAGAGGAGUUCCAGGCAUACUCAAAACUGGGACCUCUGAAGAGAAAGCUGCUUUUGGUUGGAAAAGCUGUGCUUACUUGUAAGGAAACAGAAGAAAUGCCAAGCGGGAGCCACAGAGAAGGGCGUACUGUUGGUAAAUCAGAUGGGCGUAUCACAGCUAAGAUGAUCCAGGCCUUAUUUAAGGAAAAUGAUGAAAACUAGACAAGCUGUGCUGUUUACACAGAAAUGUAACAUUUUUAGUUCAUUAAAUAUUUGAUCUCUUCUGUGUGGCAUGGGGCUUUGAGGAAACUAUUUUAGAGUGCCUGAAUCAUGAAUAUAAGUUUCAUGAGAGGUGUGUCUGUGUGCAGAGGCUAAUUGAAACGUUCCUUUCCGUACCACUGAGAGAGGUCUUGUGCACUCUCUGGGGUAUUCAGUCCACAUAGCACAUAUAUCUGCUAAAAGGUCUGAGCUAAUAUUUAGUUUGUGUGGUCUCCACUUGGAGAUGUGGAAUUCCUCCUUGAUCAGACAAUGAAUAGGUAAAUGCAGGCUGCCAUAAAACACAGAAUUGUUACAAAAUACAUAAUGCUCUUCUAAAGCAGAAUUAAUUUUUGCAAGCAUAACUCAACCAUUGCUAUAAAUGGAGUGUCUGAAUGCUUUUUUAUCUGUCUCCACAAGACCCCCACUUAAAUACACUGAAAUAAAUAUAAAUUAAUUUAAAAACAAUUUAAAACCAGCAUAAAAAUCUCUAAGGUCUGAAAUAUUUUGGCUAAAUAUAUUGUGUAAGCCCUUAUCCUUGGUUUGUGGCUGGUCCCUUUGACCAUUUAUCUCAGUGCAUUGAUGCAGUGGAGGGGCUCCCUCUGGACACCCUCUCAGCAGCACACAACAGGUCCUUCCCACAUGUAGGCUCUGACCCAUGCAUUUCCUCAUUAGAAACUUGUGGCAGCAUUGAAUUUUAACCCUUGAGAGGAUAAUCAGCUGUUUGGAAUAAAGCUUUUUAAAAAACUUACUUUUUAAACAACCUGUAUCUCUGUGCAGUAUCUCAGUGUAUCUGUACUUCAGUGCAAGCACUCCUGGUUUUCCAGGCCCGCUCAGCUGUUCCUGGCCAGCAGGUGUCUCCUUGGGCUGUAGGUGAGUCCCACUGGUCUCUGGGCUCCACCGACCAAGCUCCUCCGGGGCGGGGAUCACAAGCAGACAGGUAAAGGUGGCAGACUCCAGCUCACACGGACUCUCACUUCUCUGCCACGUGGUGAACAGUAAAGCGAGUUUGGAGGUGCCCCUGCUGUAACCCAGUGGAGUGACUGUGAAGGCUGAGGUGAUUCCUAUCCCUUGUGUGUCCAUGGAAUGGGGAUCUGCACUUGGGCUGUGUCUGCAGCCCCACAGACACCUCCCCUCAGCUCCCCUGCCUUGCUUUGAGUGCAGCGCAAGCCCCAUGAAAUGGCUGACUUGAAAGAGAGAUUAGUUCUGCUCAGUGAUUAGUUUAGCCUCUCCUUUAGAUGCAGAAUUAUAAUGUGGCUUAUGCUGAAUGGCUUUUCUGUCAAAGAAAGGCCUCUCCUCCUUCCCACCACUCCCAGAGGGGAUUUACGUUUUCUGGUGGUGUAAAUGUAGGGCCCAUCUCUAGGCUUCUCUUGGCUUAUGCCCAUAACGCAUAGCACCAUGUGCAGGACAUAUGGCAAGACAUCAACCUGCACCUUGGAAAAAAGACCCCUUGCCUCCUCCAGUCAGUUUAGCCUUUUCCCAUAAAAGCCUGUGUGGGUGAGAGGGAGUUAAAAAGAAAUCCCAAACAUGCUAAUUAGGGUUCAAGCCACAGGCAGCCUGCACAAGCCAGAAGCAACAGCCUUCAGCAAAACAUAUUUAGUGAAGUGUCCCAAAUCCCCUUGAUUUCUACAGGAUUAGCAUUAAGGCCACUGCAGGGCUUUCAUAUGGAGAAAGCUGGGUCUUCAGCCCAAGGCAUCUGGAUUUGAUAAAUUCGUUACUAGCAAAAUCUCUGAGAAAUGAGCAGCGUGAUGUAAAACAGGGGGCAGAUCAGUCACUUUCUGGCAGCACAGCCAGUGCUUCCAAGCCCCACUUGAAGUUCACUACUCCAGUCAGUACCAAACUUAUAGGAGUCACCCUUGUAUUCCCAGCAUUAUAAAAUAGCUUUUCUUUACUGUGUUACUGUUGCACAAGAGAGCUCUAGGAUGCAAGCAGGGGUCCCGGUCUCCACAAUUAUAAUCCAAUCUAAGCUUCAGCUGACGUGGAGGUGUGUGUUUAAGUAGAACAAAGCUCAAACAAAUUUGCAGUUUCAACAGGAAGAAAAAACCCAACAAGUAUUCCUUGGAAUUCAAAAUUAAAGAAAUAUAAGCAUCACUCAAUUUGCAUGGAAAUAAAAACUACUUUAAUAGAACUGAGGUCCAUGAGCUGGAAGUGAGAAACAUCAAUCCAUGGAAUGUCUAAAAAGCACAAUGGGGAGAGGUGUGCUGAGAGCCUGUAUCCACUCCAGUGAUGAAAGGAGCUGCUUACCUCAGCACUCUGCUGGCUUGAACCCUCUCUGAACAACUGGCCUGUAGUGCUUUAUAGUCUGGCUGUGCUGGUGUGAUCUCCCCCAGCCUGAGCUGCAGGGAACAUGGGUGAUUUCACUUUUGGUCUGGUUUUUAUGAGGUUUGCAGCCUCCACUGCAGCGAGGUUAUAUAACAAGGCACUCUUUGCACAGGUUCAGACCUGCACGUUUUGUGAAAGGAGGGUUUAAGAGACUCAUUCUGCAGCAUUUGUACUUGUUUGGCUGCUUUCUGAGAGAAGUUAUUAAACACUCUGCUUCCGUGGGCUAAAAGGAGUUUGCCAGAAUAAGGUCAAGGCAGAAGGUAAUGGACUGAAAAGCUACACUAUAGUGACAAGCAGAGAACAGAGAAUCUAUUGGUGUUAGCAUCUUUAGCCACUGAUGUUUUGCAGCUGGAUGUUCCUCCAAAAAAAGGCUUUUCCUUGGAUUUUGAAAGUAAGGAUCUUUUUUGCAAUACUACAUUUCAGGGCUCAUGUUCUGCAGUCUCCCACAAACACCAUAUUGUUUUAGGACAUGACAUGGCAACAAGAUGCCAACAACUGUUGCCAUAUGUUGACAACUGAACAUUGAGCCAUGCUGAAAACUAGGAUUUAACUUGGUGCUGGAUCUUUGCUCACUUAGUGAUUAAAGUAAAACAAGAAGCUAAAAUUGUAUCAAAUACUGCAUUUCUAAAAAACUCCAGUACUUGGGCAAUUGCUGUAGCUGGCAGAGGGAAGUUCAGCAGUUACUGCCAAGAACAAAGCAGAGAUCCAUGCUAUGAAAAUAAACCCAAGACCCCAGUGCUCCUUGUGUACUGCAGCUGCUGGAUAUCCAAAGCACUGUGCUUGCAUCCAACACAUCCUCUUUACCCAUUAUCACCUCACAUAGAAAUUUAAGCAAGUUGGCUUUUUGUUCCAAGGCUUUUUGAUCUUUGCUUCAGGAAAUUUCAUCAUCAGAGACUGGAAGAAAAUAAUUAAAUGCGUUUUACUCGCUCCUAGAAUGAUCUGUUAUCUUGGGAAGGCCAUCUCACCGUAUUACUCAACCUUCUGAUACAAAAAGGUGCUGAAUAGGUGGCAGCAAUGUUACACCUUCAGGGAACCUGCCCAGGGUUUUCUUCUCCCCACUCAUUCUCCUGAUCCAGCCAGGAUGCAGCUGAACAAUCAGCUAAGUCCCUUUGCUCUCCAGAUUGAACUUGGCAAACAGCAGCAUCUCACAGAUUUUUCUUGUUGGGCAAACUCAGUGGAAGAUGUCAAGCCUGUUUCUGCUCUCUCCACUGUCGUGUGAGAGCUCCAAAGGUCAAGUCAAGAGACUGACAACAGGCCAAGGAGCAAGCUCUUGUUCAGUUUACAUAUGCUGCCAUUAGCACUGCUCUUUUGUCUGUAUUCAGCACAUUUUUUCACUGCCCCUCACAUUAUCUUGUCAAUCUUCUGCUCCCAUCAGCAUUUACUAUCCUUCCCAGUGAUUUUAGCACUUAAUUCUAAUUUCUCUGCCACAAUCUUUAUCUCAACUAUGUCAUGGCCUUUAAGUUGCAAUUCAUUUAUGUUGCUACAAAAUUUGUGUCAGGCUCUGGAAAUGGGCACUUUUUGUCUAAUGAAAGAUGCAGGGUUUCACCCUGUCCCUUGUUCUUGCUGAAGGGCUGUUUGGCAGCUGGGAACGUCUGUGACUUAUUCUGGCAGUUGGCUGAAUGGAACCUCUGAUGUCAAAAAGUCAUGCAAAGACAGACUUUAAACAUGUCCUGAGGUACCAUCUCAGUUUAGUUUGUGACUUUGAAACAAAGAAGAAAAGCAGCAAAGGAAUUCAGAUCUGUCUUCAUAUGAAGACUCAACAUUAGUGAUGUUGGAAAACUCAGAAGCUGUUCAAGUUCUUGUUCUGGCAAAAGUAAUUGUCUCAAGAGGUAAAUCCAGUUGUUUUCAUUAUAAAAUUCUGAUCUAAAAACAAACAAAAAAAGAAGUGGUUAUUCUGACACAGCAGUUCCCUACACAAAGCUUCAAGAGGAACCACAUCCCCCCAGCAAAGCACUCCAUGGUCCUCUGCUUGCUAAGGGCAGGCAGCUUCUCUACACAGUUUGCUCCUGUAGAAUAAACAGCCUUUCAACUCAAUUCUGAAGAGAACCAGGUUUUCACUACCCCCUAUUAUCGAAAAGUGCCAGUAAUUAAAAAACAAAAUACGUCUGUGUGCUGUGCUUUUUAGAUUAAGCUGAGUGUGCUAUUUCAGUGACACUGAAAGCAAACACUUACUGGGAACAAAGCAAAUGAGAACCUACUACUCAGGAAAAUUCUCAAGCCAGUUUGUCUCUGAAGAGUAAACCAAAGAGCAAGGGUUUUUAGCAAAGCCUUCAGCAAGAAGGCCUAAUCUGUACAGCAGCUCUUUCAAGGAACACAGAGCAACAACGAGUGAGCACUAAAGGGUAACAGGAGUUCAGCAUCCCUGCAGAAGACAUGGGUUUGGGUGUUCACAAUUCUUUGGUACUUUCAUGAUUUUCAGCCUCAAGUCCACAGCCACACAAAGAGUCCAAGGGAUCAAAGAGAUCUAGGAACACAUCUAUCCUCAGCCAAAAGCCUCAUGUUAGACUCUGCAGAGAGCAACAGAGACCUAAGAAGAAAAUUAGCAUCUGUUUUAUCAUAACCCAGCUCAUCAGGCUCUGGAGGAAGAUGAAGGUCUACCUUCUUCACACAAGGUCUGAACAAUCUGUACCUUGGUACUUACUGAGGUAGGUAACAGGUCACAGACCCAACUCAAACAAUUCACCUUUUUUAUAUUCUGACCACAAGAAAACUGAGCCACACUGAAAGCCCCAGCGGUAGGAAGGCAAAAUUUUAGUAAACGUGUAUGAAACUCUCCAGAUCUGGGUGUGUGUAUUACAUACUCUGUAAUGGGUUCAGGGUUUUUUAAAGUCGUGCUUUGAGAAAGAAAUUUUAAAUCUACUGACCUGUACUGCUCAGUUUAUGAUACCUUGGCCUCCAGGACAAGCCUCAGGUCGUUGUGAGGAGGAAAGUUCCACUUCUAUCAACUCUUCCUGUGUCUAAUUACAGAAGGUGGUCUCAGCAAACUGUUCAUAGCUUUUCCAGCACUACCUUCUGCUGUAAGAUUAGGGAAGAUAAUAACAAUUUUUGGGGACAUAGUUAUGCUUCUUGGUCAGUUAUGAACAGUACAAGUUUAUUGCCAUGAAUAGUUUGAAAAACUAGAAGGUGGUGAAAUAUCAUGUUAGGUCAGGAAGCAGGAGACACCCUGUCACUGAGGUGUCCACUGAGGCUGUCCGUGACACCAGCCCAGGGAAGAGGCUGCAGGGAUCACGUCAGCCACAGGUUCAGAGUCUGUACUUCCUGCAAUACAAUAUGCACGUAUGAAAUACAUUUGGUAUUUUAUUAAGUAAACAACGCAAUUAUCAGUGCACAUUUUAAGCAGCAAAAAGAAAAGAAGCACCUCAGACUUUCAUACCGUAACAAAAGUUCUGUGGAAGCUGCAUUUUAUUUGAAAAUCCACCCAUUUUUGCUAACAUACAUUUUAAUAUUUUAAACAAAAAUAGAAUCUGCAGAGACAAUGCAGCAAGUAUGCUUAAUUCAUGUACAGAAUUGCUUUCGUAUCAUUGACUAUCCUUCUGAAGGCCCCACUCCACCCAAAAGUUAUGGUGUAUUUACACAAAGCACCGAUCAACAGCGCUACUUGAAUUCCU